CUUGCGAGUGCAGUCCAUUCCAACUCGACCGCGCUUGUGAAUGAAGGUAUAAGAGAGAACAAUAAAAAUAGCAUUAGCCUGCGGGACCUGGUAUCGUUUGGGUUUCUACGAUAGCAGAUUCUGUUUUAUCUCAUGUUCUUGUUUGAUUAGAAUCAAUUAUUAGAGAAGUUUGUUACUAUGCAGUUAGUUUUGCAAAUUUUCGUGUUGUCUUGGCUGCUUAUAAAUACAACUGAAUCUGGAAGGGGCGGCCCACAGUCAAGAUACUGGAGAAACCCGCUCAGAAAUCUUAAGUACGGUGCAGUCGUUGAAACAAUGUUGGAUCCAGACCGAUAUCACAAAUACAUCAGACCAGGCAUUGAUACAGGGAAACCUAUUGUGGUUAACGUAUCGCUUUCAGUUACUGGUUUGGACAGAAUAUCAGACGCCGACAUGGAGUACACCGUAACAUUUACAUUACACCAACUCUGGAAGGACACUCGCCUAGACGGAACAAAAAGCGCACGCGGAUAUUCCCAGAUUUUGACAAUGGAUGGGUCCCUCGGUAAUAGAAUUUGGGUCCCAGAUACUUAUAUAGUGAAUUCGCACACCUCUUUCAUUCAUGACGUAACAACAAGGAAUGGACUGAUCCGGUUAUAUCCGGACGGAACCGUUCUAUACGUGCUCCGAAUUACGAGUACGGUAUCUUGUACUAUGAAGUUACACAAGUACCCGAUGGACGAACAAGCAUGUAAACUUGCACUUGAAAGCUGGUCUUUUACCGAACAGGACUUAAUUUAUAAAUGGGACAAAGAGGAGAGCUGUGGCUCCCCCAGCGGAUCUGUGACGGGAAUGGAUAAUAUUGUUUUGCUGCAAUUCAACUUGACAAAAUGUUCAGUAUACAGAGAGUUGCAUAGUGCAGCACUAGGCAAUUACUCUCAACUGAUCCUUGAAUUUCGACUCAAGCGGAACAUGCUAUUCUUUCUAAUGCAGACCUAUCUGCCAUCUGUUUUACUGGUCAUUCUAUCAUGGGUGUCGUUUUGGAUUAAUAUGAAUUCAGUACCAGCCCGGGUCGGCCUGGGGGCAACCACAGUACUUUCAAUGACCACUCUUAUGAUUGGGGUUUAUAACAGUGGGCCCAAAUCCACCUCUUAUAUAAAAGCCAUCGACUUCUACGUUUGCGUUUGCUAUGGCUUCAUUUUCGCUGCACUAAUGGAGUAUGCUGGAGCGCACUUCACUGUACGACGCUACGCUACCAAAGCGAACAAACUAUUGGACGGAAAACACAACGACUGUAAAAACAAACCUAAAAACGGAGGGCAUGUUGAAAUCGACAUAGAAGAAGAAGCAGUGUUUUCCUAUCCCGUCAAUGAUCAGAGAGAAAGCGAACCGUGGCAAACUUCUAGUAAUACAAACAAAUUACGUGCAGUAAGUUAUUCAGAAGAGGAUGCUAUCAAUAAACGAGGCUUUAGCGAUUUCGAACAUUCGACUUUCUCGACCAGAAAGCGCAACCCUGGAGCGAAAAACGUGAAGAACGGAUGUGUCGUCACAAAGAUUAAGACAUUACGUCACAGAGUGACACGAUUAGAACGAAUCGACGAAUAUUCAAGGAUUAUUUUUCCCGUAGCUUUUGUCGGUUUUAAUGCCGUAUAUUGGUGGGUGUAUCUUACCAUGGACGACCAGUGACGUAAUGGUCGAAGAUCAUGAUGACGUCAUGAAAAGUUUGAUGACGUCAUAAAAUUAAAUUUUAUGUAGAUAAAAGUUUCACAGAGAAACUUAUUUAUUCUUAAGAACCGCUGUUUUUGUUACUAAUGUGGGUUGUACGUGUGCUUAUAUCGCUAUACUGUCGAACUUCACAUUCUUUCAUACUGCGUUCUGUACAAUACAGGUGAACUGUAACAUUG